AUGGCUGCUCAGAAUGACCUCUGCGAUGUCAUUGUGAUCGGGGCGGGCAUCCAGGGCUGCUUCACUGCAUACCACCUGGCCAAACACGGGAAGAGAGUUCUCCUGCUGGAGCAGUUCUUUCUACCACACUCCCGAGGAAGCUCCCACGGGCAGAGCCGGAUAAUCCGGAGGGCAUACCCUGAAGACUUUUACACCCGGAUGAUGGACGAGUGCUACCAGAUGUGGGCCCAGCUGGAGCACGAAGCUGGGACCCAACUCCACAGGCAGAAUGGACUGCUACUGCUGGGAGUGAAGGAGAAUCAAGAAUUAAAGACAAUCCAGGCCACCUUGUCUAGGCUGGGGGUGAAACACCAGUGUCUCUCACCUGAAGAGCUGAAGCAGCGUCUCCCCAGCAUUCGGUUGACCAAGGGAGAAAUGGGGCUCUUGGAGGAGUCUGGAGGAGUGCUCUAUGCGGCCAAGGCCCUCCGGGUCCUUCAGGACACAAUUCGACAGCUGGGAGGCAGAGUGUGUGAUGGCGAGAAGGUGAUGGAGAUAAAACCAGGGCUGCCGGUCAUAGUGAAAACCACCUGCAAGAGUUACCAAGCCAACAGCGUGGUCAUCACAGCAGGUCCUUGGACCAACAGGCUCCUCCGUCCCCUGGGACUUGAGCUGCCUCUGCAGGCCCUGCGGAUCAACGUGUGCUACUGGCGCGAGAAGGUUCCCGGACGCUACGGUGCGUCCCAGGCCUUCCCCUGCUUCCUGGGCCUGGACCUCAGGCUGGCUCCGCACCACAUCUAUGGGCUGCCCUCUGACGAGUACCCCGGGCUGAUGAAGGUCUGCUAUCACCACGGCAACAACGCAGAUCCAGAGGAGCGGGACUGCCCCGCAGCCUUCGCUGACAUUCAGGACGUGCAGAUCCUGAGCCGCUUUGUCAGAGAUCACUUACCGGACCUGGAGCCCGAGCCUGCCAUUGUGGAGCGUUGCAUGUACACGAACACCCCCGAUAAACACUUCAUUCUUGACCGACACCCCAAGUAUGACAACGUUAUCAUUGGUGCUGGAUUCUCGGGGCAUGGAUUCAAGCUGGCCCCUGUGGUGGGCAAGAUCCUGUACGAAUUAAGCAUGAAGCUGACACCAUCCUAUGACUUGUCCCCUUUUCGAAUCAGCCGCUUCCCUGGCCUGGGCAAGGCUCACCUUUGA